CUAUAAGCAGUGUACAUGAGCCUCCCUCAGCGAAGAGUCGGGGAAUCGGGGCUCCUUGCGGAGUUUGCACUGCACGCCGGUGGCGCUGCCUGUCGCUCCCCCCCCAGCUCCCGAGGCACACCGAGUGUACCGAUCCACCGCAGCCGAGGAGAACCUGAAGUCGGGCUGCGGCUGAGACAUGACGCCGCCACCGCAGCCGCCAGUGAUUAGGUGACCCCCAGUGCUCACGCCUCUCCCCCUCAUCCAGCUUCCGGCAGCUGCCGUUUUAAAGUUUGUCCGGGCCGCUUGUCAAGGCGGCUCCGUCAAGGGACCCCUGAUCUCGUCAGGGACACGUGGUUGGGUGGCCCUCGCUCCUCUCGAUGGAUCUUGGCAGGGCUGCGCUGCUGCUCGGGCCACUGCUGCUCCUCCUGGCCUCUGCAGUUGAUCCCUCUGUGGCUCAAAAGGUGUUCACCAACUCGUGGGCUGUCCACAUCUCUGGGGGAGCAGAGGAGGCCGACAAGAUCGCACAGAAGCAUGGCUUCGUCAACCUCGGAAAUGUAUUUGGUGACUAUUAUCACUUCCGGCACCGGGCAGUGGUGAAGAGGUCUCUGUCGACUCACCAAGGGGUACACGUCAGGUUGCAGAAGGAGCCCCAGGUGGUCUGGGCCGAGCAGCAGGUGGUUAAAAAGAGGAAGAAGCGGGACAUCUACGCAGAACUGUCGGACCCUAAGUUCACCCAGCAGUGGUACCUGUACAAUGCAAACCACCAAGACCUGAAUGUCAAAGGAGCCUGGGAGCAGGGCUACACAGGGAAGGGUGUGGUUGUGUCCAUUCUGGAUGACGGGAUUGAGAAGAACCACCCCGACCUGGAGGAAAAUUACGAUCCAGAAGCCAGCUACGAUGUGAAUGAUGGAGACCCUGACCCACAACCGCGAUACACGCAGGUCAAUGACAACAGGCAUGGGACGCGCUGUGCUGGGGAGGUGGCCGCAGUGGCCAACAAUAGCAUCUGUGGAGUGGGAGUGGCCUACAAUGCCAAGAUUGGAGGUGUCCGCAUGCUGGAUGGAGAGGUGACCGACGUGGUGGAGGCCCAGUCUCUGAGCCUCAACCCCCAACAUAUUGACAUCUACAGUGCCAGCUGGGGCCCUGAGGAUGAUGGCAAGACUGUGGAUGGCCCUGCCAAGCUGGCCAAAGAGGCAUUUCUGCAUGGUGUCACCGAGGGCCGUGGUGGCCGGGGCUCCAUCUUUGUGUGGGCGUCAGGCAACGGCGGUCGAGAGAAAGACAGCUGUAACUGUGAUGGUUACACCAACAGCAUCUACACCCUGUCCAUCAGCAGCACAACACAGAACGGCAAUGUGCCCUGGUACAGCGAGGCCUGCUCCUCCACCCUCGCCACUACCUACAGUAGUGGCAACAUCAACGAGAAGCAAAUUGUCACGACAGACCUUAGGCAGAGGUGUACUGACUCGCACACAGGGACCUCAGCUUCUGCGCCACUGGCUGCUGGUAUCAUUGCAUUAGCCCUGGAGGCCAAUAAGAACCUGACCUGGAGGGACAUGCAACACCUUGUGGUGAGGACCUCUAAUCCUGCCCACCUGACCACCAAUGACUGGAAGACCAAUGGCGUGGGUCGCAGAGUGAGUCACUCCUAUGGUUACGGCCUGCUGGACGCUGGUGCCAUGGUGGCUUUGGCCCGAAAUUGGACCAACGUGGGCCUGCAGCGCAAAUGCACUCUGUCCAUGGUGUCGGAACCCAGAAAUAUUGGUAGCCACCUGGUAAUCACAAAAAGUGUGGAUGCUUGUGCGGGAAGACCCAACUACAUCAGCUCCCUUGAGCACGUCCAGGCACAGCUCAGUUUAUUCUACAACCGGCGGGGCAACCUGGCCAUCUACUUGAUCAGUCCACAGGGCACUCGCUCCACCCUACUGGCCCCCAGGCCUCAUGAUUACUCCUCGGAAGGCUUCAGCGACUGGGCCUUCAUGACCACGCACUCAUGGGAUGAGGACCCCCGUGGAGAGUGGACUCUGGAGAUCGAGAAUGUUGCUGGUACCAAUGACUACGGGACGCUGACGCAGUUCACUCUGGUCCUGUACGGCACCAGUUCAGAUUCUGUUGACCUCUCCGGGUCCGACUCUAGCCAGCCUUCAAAUGGAAGCUGCAAGACCUUUGAUAAUCAGAUGUGUGUUGAGUGCAGCCCUGGCUUCUUCCUCUUCAGGCAGGAUUGCGUGACAUCCUGCCCUCCAGGGUUCACUGCCGGCUCGCAGCCCCUCGGCUUCCCUGAAGGAAACAGCGUCGAGAUCCCUUCUGUCCAGACCUGCCUGCCGUGCCACUCGUCUUGCCUGACGUGUGCCAGCCCCAGUUCCGCGGACUGUCUCUCUUGUCCACCUCACAGUCACCUGGACCCCUUCUCCGGCACCUGCUUGCACCAGAACCAGAUCCAGCGGGAGUCCCCAGGCAGCGUGGCGAUCCCAUCCGACAGCAGUGGCCCUGUGAUGCUGGAGCUGUCUUCCCGCUUGCCUGUCCUGGUGGCAGUGCUCAGCUGUGCCUUCAUCGUUGCCACCUUUGUUGGAAUCUUUGUCAUGCUGCAAAUCCAGUCCAGUGGGCAGAGCAAGCUUCGCACAAUGGAGUCAGGGAUGGGCGUCCGUGUGGGAUUUGGCCUUGGUCGGGGGAAGGUCAUUUCCUACAAGGGAAUCCCAACAGUGUGGAGGGAGGAUGAGGGAAACUCUGAAUCAGAGAAUGAGGAGUUUGACAGCCACAGUGAGAGGACUGCUUUUAUCAAAACGCAAAGUGCUCUUUAACCUCGCUUCUCAUGUCUCUUCUGACACCCCCCCCCAUGUGUCUUUGUCCUCAUCCAGUUUCUGGACCCCUUCUGCUGUUCAUUUCCCUGUGUCUCUGUGUCUUCUGGUCACCCACCAGGAGGCAUUUGUCCUGUGUGCCUGGGAGUGCCGUGGGCCCAAACACACGCACUGGGUCCUCAUCUGGGUGCCUCUCUUCCCUCCAGCCUCAAAUCAAGAAUGUUGUCAGUCUAACUAUUAAUGACAGAGAAACUAGUUUUGCCUCCAGUUUUUAUUUCUUGUCGUCAUGGACAAAUUAUAAUUGUUCUUGUCCCCUUCCCUUUCCUCAGCAUCUGAGGAAUCAGGUGGCAGGACUUUGAAACUGCAUGCUGGUUGUUCUGUGACUAAUUUUAAAGCUGUCUCAGCAGCAGGACAAUACAGUAAGGUUUCAUUCGAUGACAAGGUCUGGUCCUCCAAAUACCUAUCUUUUUUUUUUUUUUUAAAAAAAAUCCUUGGAUUAAUUGCAGGAUGUAAGUUUCACUGCUCAUACCUUCUGUUCCUUUGCAGCCUUCCUUCAAUUAAUUGAUUCUUCCUCUUUCUUUUGGUCCUUCCUUUGUUGGAGAGAGAUGUCCAAAGAUGGAAAAACAGUGCAGCUCAACUCACAAUCCAUUUUUUUUUCUGGCUGAAGACAGGAGUACUUUGACUCCUCAUGAAUGAUCCAUUCUCACAUGGUCCAGGAAAUCACAGUUUGAAGUGGUUGAAAUGCCAGCUUUUAUCCAUUUUAUUAAAUUAUAUACAGCAUAUGACAAUGAGACAUACCAGCCUCUAGUGAUUUCUGGAGAUUUUGCUCCCAGGUUUUUCAGGCCAGCAGCUCUAUGGUCCUCCGAGCGAUUCCCAGAAAUGCUGGCUGGAUAAUAUUUUUAGCCAUUCUGGUUAGGAACAAAAAAAUGGAAUGCAGUUUGCCAAAUUUUCUUCUUUGACAUCUCCCUGGUGGUGCCAUUGUGGAAGCAGAUAAUAACGAAAUGACCAGGUUAGUGGCAAUGAGUGCUAACAUGUGUGAUGUGCUGUUCAUUGAAAAAUGGCUUAAUCAGGUUUAGCAUGUGACAAUAGACAGGCUUGGUUUUACACACAUCAGCGCAAAUAGCGGAACAACAAUGGUUGAAAUUGCCAUGGUUUCAUCAUAUACUCUUAUACAGUUCCAGAUUGCUGAAGCCUUCUUUUGUUGUCACUGAAGCCAUUUAUAUGAGGUUGGUCUUUUAUCUUGGACCCUGACAGCAUAAAAUGAAAUGCUUUUGUGUGGAACAAACCAUAAGACUUGAUUACAAUAGGAAUUAUUGGAAAGGUAGGUGUACUAUCAAGUGUGUGGAUGUGUAUCCAUCACUUAGGCAAGCUCACAGAAUAUCGGUUUCAUCUUGUGCCACUGUUAGGACAAAGAAAUUUGCUGUUAUGUCUUGACAAUAACUUCUGUAUGUCCGUUCUCAUUUGCAUGCAGGUUGUUAUGAUGAUUUUCUUUAGUAGGACGUUUCAACAAACCUUAGUUUUCAGCUGAAUAUAUUUAGAUGGACACUUUUUUUUGCUGAAAUCUUAAAUUCCUGUUCAUAUCUAUGUAUGUUCAAGAAAUUAUUUAAU